CUAACUCUGUCUUUUGCAUCACAAUUUGUUUACAUGCACCAUUGUCUUUGCAUUCUUACAGAAAAACUUCCUGAACCAACAAAUUCCAGAGCAAACAAACACUCAUAUUCAGAAACAACUUAGCAUCAUUUUGUGGUCCUUCCCAUAUUGGCACACACAUUCAGAGAGUGAAAAUUCACAAACUAGAACCCCUCAUGGAUCUCACAGUUCGUGUGUGCUCUACUCUAUGGAUCAUUGUGACACUUUUGAACCAUAAUUUUGGAAAUGUGGAGGGAAGAUACCACCAUCACAGCAAGCAGAGGAGAGUUUCUUCUGUUCCUACUGCUCCUUCUGAUUCUUCCACCGAGCCAGAUAACCCAAACCCUUCAGUUCCACCCCCUGCUGAUUCUCCCACUGUUCCUUCUGACCCUUAUCCAAAUGAUAACCAAACCUCCUCUUCUGACUGUGUUUUUGAUGUGAGAUCCUUUGGGGCAGUUGGAGAUGGUUGUGCUGAUGACACACGUGCAUUCAGGGCAGCAUGGAAAGCAGCAUGUGCUGUGGAGUCUGGAAUUCUUCUUGCUCCAGAAAACUACAUCUUUAAGAUCACUUCCACUAUUUUUUCAGGUCCAUGCAAGCCAGGAUUGGUAUUCCAAGUGGAUGGAACACUGAUGGCACCAGAUGGACCGAAUUCAUGGCCAGAAAAAGAUAGCAUAAACCAAUGGCUUGUAUUUUACCGACUUGACCAAAUGACUCUAAAUGGUACUGGAACAAUAGAAGGGAAUGGAGACAAAUGGUGGGAUCUCCCUUGCAAACCUCAUAGGGGUCCCAAUGGAAAAACUUUGUCAGGACCAUGUGGUAGUCCAGCUAUGAUACGAUUCUUCAUGAGCUCCAAUUUGAAGGUGAAUGGGCUUAAAAUCCAAAACAGUCCUCAGUUUCACAUGAAGUUUGAUGGUUGCCAAGGAGUGCUUAUUGAUAAGCUCUACAUUUCUUCACCAAAACUGAGCCCCAACACCGAUGGAAUCCAUGUAGAAAACUCCAAAGAUGUGGGGAUUUAUAACUCCAUGAUAAGCAAUGGUGACGAUUGCAUUUCAGUUGGACCCGGUUCAUCAAACGUGGAUAUAGCAGGUUUAACUUGUGGUCCUAGCCAUGGGAUUAGCAUUGGAAGUCUUGGAGUGCACAACUCUCAGGCAUGUGUGUCAAACCUGACAGUCCGUGACAGCAUCAUAAGAGAAUCAGACAACGGACUAAGAAUCAAGACAUGGCAAGGGGGAAUGGGAUCAGUGACAGGUCUGAGAUUUGAUAACAUCCAAAUGGAGAACGUUGGGAACUGCAUCAUCAUAGAUCAAUACUACUGUUUGUCAAAGGAAUGCCUAAACCAGAGUUCAGCUGUGCACGUGAAUGAUGUGUCGUACAGCAACAUAAAGGGUACCUAUGAUGUGAGAACAGCUCCUAUUCACUUUGCUUGCAGUGACAGUGUUGCUUGCACUAACAUCACUCUCUCUGAGGUUGAGCUUUUGCCAUUCGAAGGAGCAUUGCUUGAUGACCCCUUUUGCUGGAAUGCUUAUGGGACACAGGAGACCUUGACUAUACCUCCAAUCAAUUGCUUAAGGGAAGGUGACCCUGAGACAGUGGGCGAUCUUUCUGAAUAUCAAUGCAGUUAAACCAAACAUGUUACUUAUAUCAAAUAUAUAUAUAUAUAUAUAAGGUGGCUUAUAGAUACAAGAUAUUAGAUGAAAUAUAUAUGAUAUAUGAUAUACUAUACAUAUAUGAUAGAACAUUAUUAUGUUGAUGAUGGUUCUCUGUGAUAAUCUUUUAGGAUUCGUCCCUAUCUGGGUACAUUAUUCCCAUUUUGUGCGAUGAGAUGCAGAAAUUGGUCCCUUUUGGGGGCCUACACUUUGUAAUAGCUUCAUUCAACAUUUAUAUAUUACUACAACUUCCACUGUGCCA